AUGCAUUUGUGUCCCAAGGAGCUUGACAAGCUCGUUAUCUCUCAGCUGGGCUUCCUGGCCCAGCGUCGACUGGCUCGCGGUAUUCGUCUCAACCAUGCCGAAGCUGCGCUGAUCCGGGAUGGACAAUAUUCUGUAGCCGAUCUCAUGUCUAUCGGGAAGAGCAUGCUGGGUCGCCGUCAUGUUCUCCCGUCCGUCGUUUCGACUCUUUACGAAUUACAGGUCGAAGGUACAUUCACCACUGGUACCUAUCUCGUGACAGUACACAACCCUAUCAGUAGCGAUGAUGGAGACCUUGAAAAGGCCCUCUACGGAAGUUUCCUUCCCAUUCCCCCGGCAGAUGCCUUCCCCGAUCCUGAUCCGGAGGACUACGAACCCGAGAAGACGCCCGGAGCGAUAUUACCUGUGAAGAACGAACGCAUCAUCCUGAACGAGGGAAGGAAGCGCAUUAAGCUCAAGGUGAUGAGCAGGGGUGACCGGCCCAUCCAGGUCGGAUCACACUACCAUUUCAUCGAAACCAACCCGCAGUUGCACUUCGACCGCCUUCGAUCCUAUGGAUAUCGACUCGACAUUCCCGCUGGUACGUCGGUACGGUUCGAGCCCGGAGACACCAAGGUAGUUACGCUUGUGGAGAUUGGAGGCCACCGGGUUAUCCGUGGAGGUAAUUGUAUCGCGUCCGGCAAGGUCGAUCUUGCCCGUGCCGAGGAGAUCAUGGCCCGUCUGCAAGUGCAGAACUUCGCCCAUGUUCCCGAACCUACUGCCGACAGCGCGCUGGUACCUACACCGUUCUCCAUGGACCGUGAGGCCUAUGCGCGUAUGUUUGGCCCUACUACUGGUGAUCUCGUGCGCCUGGGUCUGACCAAUCUCUGGGUUCGUGUGGAGAAGGACUACACAUCUUAUGGAGACGAGUGUACAUUCGGCGGUGGCAAGACUAUUCGAGAUGGCAUGGGUCAGUCUUCGGAAAAGUCCACGCAGCAUGCUCUGGACACCGUCAUCACGAAUGCUCUGAUUAUCGACUGGACUGGUAUCUUCAAGGCCGAUAUUGGAAUCAAGGAUGGGCUCAUCGUGGGCAUUGGUAAAGCUGGAAACCCCGAUAUCAUGGACGGUGUUACCCCGGGCAUGACUGUCGGCUCCUCGACCGAUGUUAUUGCAGGUGAGAACAAGAUCGUCACAGCUGGUGGUUUCGACACCCACAUCCAUUUCAUCUGCCCCCAGCAGGUGGACGAGGCGCUCGCUUCUGGUAUCACGACGUUCUUGGGAGGAGGAACCGGUCCCUCCACUGGCUCCAAUGCCACGACUUGCACGCCUGGUCCCGUUCACAUGCGCCAAAUGCUCCAAGCUUGCGACCGCCUGCCCAUCAAUGUUGGUAUCACCGGUAAGGGUAACGACUGCGGUGGCGUAAGCAUUGAGGAGCAGAUCUACGCCGGUGCCGCCGGGUUGAAGCUGCACGAAGAUUGGGGUUCCACGCCCGCCGCCAUCGACAGCUGCCUUGACCUGUGCGACAAGUUCGACGUCCAGUGCAUGAUUCACACCGACACGCUAAACGAAUCCGGAUUCGUUGAACAGACCAUUGAAGCAUUCAAGAACCGCACUAUCCACACCUACCACACCGAAGGUGCCGGUGGAGGUCACGCUCCGGACAUCAUCUCAGUCGUGGAGCACCCCAACGUCCUCCCCAGUAGUACCAACCCAACUCGUCCCUUCACUCUCAACACCCUCGAUGAACACCUCGACAUGCUCAUGGUCUGCCACCAUUUGUCCAAGAACAUUGCCGAGGACGUCGCCUUCGCAGAGUCUCGUAUCCGCGCGGAAACCAUUGCGGCCGAAGACGUUCUUCACGACCUUGGCGCUAUUAGCAUGAUGUCCUCCGACUCCCAGGCUAUGGGUCGCUGCGGUGAAGUCAUCCUGCGGACAUGGAACACCGCACACAAGAACAAGGAGCAGCGCGGCCCGCUGCCGGAGGACGAAGGCACCGGCGCCGACAACUUCCGCGUGAAGCGCUACGUCAGUAAAUACACCAUUAACCCAGCCAUCGCGCAGGGUAUGUCCCAUAUGAUUGGCAGUAUCGAGGUCGGCAAGAUCGCCGAUCUCGUCCUAUGGACGCCCAGUGCGUUUGGCGUGAAGCCAACGCAAGUAGUGAAGAGCGGCAUGAUCGCCGUGUCAGUGAUGGGUGACCCCAACGCAUCCAUCCCCACCGUCCAACCCGUCAUCAUGCGUCCCCAAUUCGGCAAUACCCAGGCCCUCGUCCCCUCCACCUCCAUCACCUUCGUCUCCCAAGCCUCCCUCGACGCAGGCAUAGUCCAGUCCUACAACCUGCAAAAACGCGUCGAAGCCGUCAAAAACUGCCGCAACAUCGGCAAAGCCGACAUGAAGUUCAACGACAUCAUGCCCAAGAUGCAUGUCGACCCCGAAAGUUACCGUGUCGAGGCGGACGGAAUGCUCUGUGAUGCCGAACCGGCAGGAAGUCUGCCGCUGACACAGGAUUACUUCGUUUAUUAA